GGUGCCACAGACGCCAGCGACAGGCGCGCGCAUCCUGUAGGACUGCGGCCGCCGUGACCGGCCGUCGUCGCGGCGCAGACCGAGGUGAAGAUCAGGCCCACGACACCCAUCGGAGAGGGAACGUCCACAAACCUGCACCAUGGUUUCAAGAGCGGUUUUCGUCAUUGUCUGCGCAUCGCUGUUCCUUUCUGGGUAUUGUGUGCCGUCCGAAAGACGACUGCACGAUGACCUUCUGGCCGGGUACAACAAGGCGGUGCGACCGGUUCUCAACGAGUCCGCGAGCGUCAAUGCGAAGCUGGGGAUGAGCUUCAUCGACUUCAGCCUGGACUCGAACUCGGACGUGAUGGAGUCCCUGGUGUGGAUGCGAAUGAAAUGGACUGACCAAUAUCUGCGCUGGGAUCCCUCCGAAUACGACGGCAUCAAGACCAGCAUGUUCAAUCCAGCCGUGAUCUGGACUCCAGAUAUCUGCCACUAUAAUGGCUGGGAGCGGUCGUGCCACAUAACGGACAACCCGCGAUCAAACGCCAUCGUCGAAAGCGACGGCACGGUGCUGUGGGUGCCGCCCGUGCGCCUGUCGUCGCGCUGCGACCUCGACCGGACCAACUGGCCGCGCGACACGGCCACCUGUUGCAUCAAGUUCGGCUCCUGGACUUACAACGGCCACCGGGUCAACCUGUCUAUGUUCACGUCCUAUGAGCCGGACGUGAACGAACUUCGGCCCAACAGAGAGUGGCAGGUUGUGGAAUCGAAAGGCACCAUCAAAGCCGACUUCUACGACUGCUGUCCGGAGCCGUACCAGUCAUUGAACCUCACCAUCAUCAUGCGCAGAAACGAACACCGCACGGCCGAGCUGGCUAUGCCCGUCAUCUGCGCGAGCGUGCUGAUGCUGCUGUCGUUCCUGGUGCCGCUGUCGUCGGCGCAGAAGCUGACCUUCAGCUGGGUCAGCGUGCUCUUCACCAUGCUGGGGCUGCUCAACAUGUUUGGCAAGCUGCCGACCGAUGCGCACGGCGUGGCCUCCAUUGCCACGUUCUACGUGACGUUCACGGCCCUGCUGCUGAUCUUCACCACGCUGGAGGUGGUGGUGGUGUGCCUGAGCCGGCCGCGCAGCGCCCCGCUACCGCGCGUGAUGCGCGCAUGUCUCUCCGGCCUGGUGGGCCGUCUGCUCUGUCUGGACACGCCCGUCUUCCACGACUACUCGCCCGAAGACAACGAAAUGCUGGACUCAUCCCACGACGGCGAGUUUCAAAAGCAAGCGAAAGACUCCUUCAAGAACCACGAGUGGGCGAUCCUGGCCGGAGCGAUUGACCGCCUGCUGGGGCUAGUCUUCUUGCUGAUCGUGGCCGUGGUGUUGCCGCCCAACUUGACCUGGGCCUAGUGCCGCCCGGCGUGAGCUGGCCGGCCUCCGACCGGCCCGCGCCGGCCCGCCGUCAGCGAACGCUGCCCGGCACCGCUGGAGUGGGGCAGCGUCGUGCGGUGCCAGGGGCAGCAGCCACGACCGCCCACGGCCUCGGAGUGGCCAGCAGUUUGUUUUGCAGGCGACGUGUGCCGUUGACAUCUACUUUUGCUACAAAAUGUCUCCAAUUGGCCCAGGCAGACUCCGUUCCUGCCCGCUCCCGGGUCCCAGAAGUGUAGGAAGAAAGGAAAUCAACGAUGGGAUGAAGACAACACCAUUAUAAUACUGAGCACAAGCUUCGUCAUCGCCCACCUGUGUAACAGCGGCAGUCUGGCGCGCCUGUAAAUGCGCCCCCUCCCCCUGUCGCGCGCGAGGCCCUGAAACGCCCUCAUCCAUUCAUUUAUGCACGUUUCGGGCACACUCAAGCCUUUCCCGUCCGGAUGGUGCCACAGCGGUCACGAACUCCCAGGAACAGCUGGCGGUGUGCGCCGCUCCCCGGCGCGCCGGCGUUCAGCGGUCGGACCACCGGUCAGCCGACGGCACGUGCCGCUCCGCGGCGCGGAACACCAGCCGGACCACCGGUCAGCCGGCGGCACGGAACACCGGUUGGACCAUCGGCCAGCUGGCGGCACGAGCCGCUCCCCGGCGCGCCGGUGUUCAGCGGCCGGACCACCGGUCAGCUGGCGGCACGUGCCGCUCCCCGGCGCAGAAAACCGGUCGGACCACCGGCCAGCUGGCGGCACGAGCCGCUCCGCGGCGCGAACACUGGCCGGACUCCCGGUUAACUGGCGAGUACCUGUAAUCCCAGCACGCCCGCUGCCCGCGGUCAACGCUUAUACAUGGCUUGUGACGAAGGUAUCUGCCGCACUCCGUGGUAUCAAUAUAAGGAACCGUAUGACGCG